CGUCAUAAACAAUGGUGAUUCGGUGGCGUCUUGCGCCUUGAUGGUCGCAUAAACACUAUUUCCGCUCGUGCUAUUCAUGAGACAAGGGCCACAUUGGCGGAGGAAUACGAAGGAGCACGGCCACCGAGAGCUUUACUUGGACAGCAUCAGAAUAUAUAAACAUCCAAUCCGCUCCUCCUUCUCAUUUUCCUCAUCAACAACCACCAAUACAAUCUUACCAACUCAACUUAACUCAACUCAAACCACCUCAACUACCUUCCAACUCCAUCAAUAUGCGUGCCUCUACCAUCCUCGCUGUCGCCGGCUCCACCCUGGUCGCCGCCGCACCAGCUGCCACCACCUACAAGACCGCAGGCAACACCUUCGAGGUCACCAACUUCAUCUUCGGCUGCACCAACGAGUGCGACUGGUACUUCGACGUGAAGGUCACCGGUGACCACGCCCCGACCCACCCGGCCAUCACCACUCCCGUCCACUGCCAGGGCUCCUUCACCGGCGCGAAGCCCGAGACCGGCAAGGACUACAUCCAGUGCGCUGCCACCGGCAAGGAGAACAGCCAGCUCCUCGCCUACAUCGACCGCGAGACCAGCCAGCUCAACCUCCAAUACGUCGUUUCCAUCCCCGAGCAGACCGCCACCUACCGCUACUACGGCGAGACCCAGGUCUACUCCGCCACUGGCUCCAACGCCUCCAAGCAGAAGAAGAACUUCACCGUCAAGCAGAGCCGCGCCACUGCCGUCGCGUAAGCGGAUCAUCCUCUCAGGGUUCUCAGAGACGAGAUAAGGAAAUCAUGAAAGUGUAACGAAGAUCAAGAAGUCGCGUAGCGACAGUGAGAGGAAGAAAAGCUCGUAUUCCGUCAUUUAUCAUCAUCAUUACGGUUUUCUCCGUACUAGAAAAUUAGCAUCACCAAAAAUUUAAAUGUCUAAUCACCACA